UUGCUAGCACAACCUCAACGCACCAGGCUUGGUUUGUUUUCAGCACGGAACGGUUCAGAGGCGACCGUCAGCCGAUCCACGGCGACCCGUGUGUCAUCAGAGACGGCCCUUCGUCUGGGACUGAGGAGUCCAAAUCAGCAAGUCACAGACAACAAGCUAACUGCACGCAUGCAGGCCAAUAGUGUCUCCAAGCUAACGGACACCAAGUCUAAGACAGCGCCUGCAAACAACACCCCUGCUGCCAAUAACAGGUGGAGACGUCUACCACCAAUAUAUGCCUCUACCUCCGAGGAUGAAUUUGGCUUCAACCGCAACUCUCCCAAACACAUCAGGCUUCGGCCAGGCACGACCCUCCGCACCAGCAGACUGGGUGUCUCUGCUCCUCUCACGACCAGCCCUGGAGGAUUAUUGCUGAAGAACCGAAUGAGAGAACAGGAGGAGUACAUACGAGACUGGACAGCACACAGUGAAGAGAUUGCCAGGUAACUAUCAACUCUGUACUAUUCACAAACACAUUCAGUUUCCGUUUUUGUAUUUAAGAAAAUAAAUAAGGAUAAAGUAAGAGUUUUAUGCUACGUAUACUUUUAUUUUGGGCAGGAAACUUAAAAUAAUGCCACUGCACUGCUUUUGAUAACCUACUUGC